UUAAUUAUUGGCGUUCUUAGCAGCCAGUAGCCACCAUGUUGUUCAAGCAGCAUGCUGGAUCUUCAACUGAAGGCAGCCUUUUUGUUGGAUGCCUUUAACAAAAAUGCAAUUUCAGCGGCAUAACUUUGGUUUCCAUCUUGCACCGGCGCUGAGCACACCCGAGGCUGCGGCUCUCCGCUUGCAGGAAUCGCGCAGUGAGCGCUGGGGAGCGAGCAGUGUCGCACACAGGAGCCGAGCAGGAGGGGAGGCUGUGCGCUGCAUCUGAAACUAAGCAUGCUUUAUCUGAGCAGAGACACAUAGAUGACACCGUGAAGAAAACCGGAGAAGAUUUUUCAAUUUUCGGUGUUGACGCGGUUACAGACAAGGAGCCGGAGAGAGGCAAUGGAUUUUAUUUAUUUUUAUGUUGGUUUCUGUUUUAGUUUUUUUUCUUCUUCACUGAAGAAAUGCACUGCUGCUAAUUUUAAUACAUGCUCUGAAUACAUUAUAUUCUCGAUAAUGCAAAGAGGGCUUUAAACAAUAAUAAUAAUAAUAAUAAUAAUAAUAAUAAUAAUAAUAAUAAUAAUAAUACAGAAACGAGACCUGCUUUUUGAUAUUUUAUCGCCAUUUUUGUAUCAAAUGUGUGUCAUCGGAGACUGAAGGUUGUUCAAAAGAAUGAUCUCCGUGGCAACGGACUGCAGUUUUCUCCUCUAAUCCGGAGGUAAAAUCCGGUGUUUUAAUUUGACUUCUCCCUCACGUCAUAGCGAAAUGCAAUAACCUGGAUAUUGUAGCUAAAAAAAAAGCAUUUCAUUGGGGUUAUUCCUGUGUUUGCAGUCCACAUUUUCCGAGGUGUGAUCUGAUAUUCUCUUUACAGCAGCCGGGUCAAAUGGCGUGUUUCAAUUACACAGUUAAACAUUAAACCAGAAAGCAGAUGCUGUGACAGGAUCGCAAACACCGAGAGAGAGAGAAAGAGAGAGAGCAGCUGGGAUCUUCGUCUAAUAAUAAACACUGAGAACGACCACGAAUUAUAAUUUGAAGGAGAAAGAGAAAAUGACGGAUUUCUCUCCUUAUUUAUUUACUCACUUGACUGAGGAAGCGAUGUGAAUUGCUUCUCGCACAGUUAAUUGCUGUUGGUGAUUAAUAAUAAUAUUAACAGAAAUAAACGGGUGUAAGGACGCACGCGGCAGGUAUUUCAUAAUCAUAACGACAUUAUAAAUAUUGAUAAUCACACUGACAGUAACAGCCGCGUUAGAGAUGGUGCCCGGCACCGCCGCAGCCAUGCUACCAGCACAGGACGCUGCGAAGAUUUACCAAACGAACUACUUGAGGAAUUCCCGGGCGAUCGGAGUCCUGUGGGCGAUUUUCACCAUCUUAUUCGCCAUCGUUAACGUGGUGUGUUUCAUAGAGCCCUACUGGAUCGGGGACGGAGUGGACACGCCGCAAGCCGGCUACUUCGGCCUCUUCCACUACUGCAUCGGGAACGGGAUCUCCAGGGAGCUGACGUGCCGGGGCAGCUUCACCGACUUCGACACCAUCCCCUCCGGCGCCUUCAAAGCGGCCUCGUUCUUCAUAGGGAUGUCCAUGGUGAUGGUCAUCACCUGUAUCGUCUGCUUCACCCUCUUCUUCUUCUGCAGCACCGCCACUGCCUACAAGAUCUGCGGCUGGAUGCAGCUGACGUCCGCGGCCUGUCUGGUGCUGGGCUGUCUGAUCUUCCCUGAUGGCUGGGACUCUGACGAGGUGAGGCGCAUGUGUGGCGAGCACACAGACAAGUACACCCUGGGGGCGUGCUCCAUGCGCUGGGCCUACAUCCUGGCUAUCAUGGGGAUCCUGGAUGCGCUCAUCCUGUCCUUCCUCGCCUUCGUCCUGGGGAACCGGCAGAACAGCCUGCUUCCAGACGAGCUGCUGGCCGACACCAAGGAUAAUGGAAAUGCUUAACACAAGGCAAUGUCUUGUUGCCGCUCAGUAGAUGGCGAUCAUGAAGCUUUUUUACCCAUCACCCAGAGGGGGAGAGGCAGGCCGCGGCUCUGGAGAGCUGAGAGAGAGUGAGAGAGUGUGAGAGAGCCGCCGCUCUCCCAGGCUUUAACAACAGCACCCCCUGCAGGUGACAGGCAGCAGCCCACCCAUCAUUGAGACCGGCAGGCUUCCACACUGCAGGAGACAGCAACUACUUAGAGCUGACUUUGUAUAGCGUAGCGUUAGAUCAAUGUGAAAAAAACUAAACCAAUACAAAAACAACAACCAUUACACCAGUGUGAUAUCAUGCACAUUACAGACUUUGAUAUAUGUUAAAAAAAAAAAAAAGAAACAUUCACUACCCUGCAUUUACUUCUCAGUUUUGAAUUAGCUGUCUCUCAGAUCCCCAGUACAAUGCUGAGAUCUCUAUACUGUACUGUAUUGAAUGUGCUGGCUCUCAGAUCCA